CGUGUUAAAACGUCGCUCCGUGUCGAGCGUCAAUGAAGUUUCUUGGAGUGAACGUAGAUGAGUCUGAAAACUUCACAAGUUUUUGAAAAGUUUAAGUUGUGAGUUAGUGUAGAUGUUAUUUUUCAUAAAGAUAAAUCUCGUGCAGAAAGCUAACGUUAUCCUGGAAGCGUUGUCUUUCUAAAUAAAUCGUACAGAUCCGUUGGGAGGAUCCGCGUUGGGUGAAGUCCGUUGAAAGUGAAGAGGGUGAAAAUCCCGACGUUUAAUCUGUUUUGAAAAUAGGUAGGUAUGUUCCCAGAUGCCUUGGAGGCCGCGGGACGGGUAGAGGGUUUGAAUUUAUCCCCUCCCCAGACUCUGCCGGACCCGGACGAUGAAGCAGAACUGAGCUAUGAAACCAAAAGAAGAGGAAGAUAUCGCCAUAGCUUACAGAUACUGAAGCCAUUCAGGAUCACGCAGAAACAUCAACACCCUGUGGACAAUGCUGGAUUUUUCUCCUUUAUGACUCUACAAUGGCUCUCGCCCCUGGCGUGGCGUGCCCACAAAGCAUCCAGUCUGAAAAUGGAAGACAUCUGGGGUCUGUCCUGCCAUGAGGCAUCCGAAAUCAACUACCAGAGACUGGAGUGGCUUUGGCAUAAGGAGCUCAAGAGACGAGGGAAAGAUGGAGCGUCUCUGUCUCGAGUCUUCUGGAGGUUUUGUCAGACCCGUAUGCUGGUGGCAAUCUUCUCUCUGCUCAUCACUAUGGUGGCUGGAUUUGCCGGACCUGCUCUGCUGAUCCGAGCCCUGCUGGAGUAUUCUCAAUGCACAGAAGUGAAGCUGCUGUACGGCCUGGCUCUGGUCGGGGGGAUUUUUCUCAUGGAGCUGACACGCUCCUGGUCUCUCGCUUUGGUGUGGGCUGUCAACUACCGUACCGCCACACGCCUCAGGGGAGCAGCCCUCACUUUCGCCUUCCAGAAAAUCCUGCGACUGCGCAACACUAAAGACAUUAGCACUGGAGAGCUAGUAAACAUUUGCUCCAGUGAUGGACAGCGUCUGUAUGAGGCCGUCUCUGUUGGAUGUAUGCUGGCUGGAGGGCCUCUAGUUGCAAUUCUGGGUCUGUCUUACACCACUUAUUUCUUAGGACCAACAGCGCUCGUUGGAUCAUUCAUCUUUGUCAUCUUCUAUCCCACCAUGAUGCUGGCCUCCCGCCUGACAGCAUAUUUCCGUAAGAAGUGUGUGGUGGUUACGGACCGGCGCGUCCGGCUGAUGAACGAAAUCCUGGGAUGUAUAAAGUUCAUUAAGAUGUACUGCUGGGAAACUGCAUUUUCCGACAACAUCCAAAAGGUUCGUUCUGAAGAGAGAAGGAUACUGGAGUGGGCCGGAUGUGUUCAGAGUCUCACGGUGGGUGUGGCUCCUAUCGUGGUCGUGAUCGCUAGCGUCUGCACUUUCACCCUUCACAUGGCCCUUGGCAAUGAUCUCACUGCAGCACAGGCAUUCACAGUGGUUGCUGUUUUUAACUCCAUGACCUUUGCCCUAAAGGUCACACCCAUGGCAGUGCGCUCCUUAUCGGAAGGCUCCGUAGCUGUGAAAAGAUUUCAGAAACUCUUUAUGAUGGAGGAACGUGAGAUGAUCUCAAUGAAAACAGAAAAUCCUGAUAAUGUGGUGGAGUUUAAAGACGCCACACUAGCCUGGGAGAAGACCUGUAGCCCACAGGGUAAGACGAACCAUGCCCGGGUGAAAAGAGGAGGAGGUAUGAAGAGAGUUCUGAGGAGGGAAAAGCUGAAAUUGUACAUCAUCACAGAGGAGAACAAAGGAAAGAGCGAGGAACCCAACGCAGAACAUCUUCUCACCCAUAUGGAGCAGGAGAGCCCGCAGAGUACCAUAUCCUCCACCCAAAGCAUGAGACCUCCUCUGCAUAAAACCCUUCACCGCAUUGACCUGUGUAUCCGGAAGGGUUCACUGGUUGGUGUUUGUGGUGGAGUUGGAAGUGGGAAGAGCUCGCUGUUGUCUGCUCUUUUGGGACAGAUGACUCUGCUUGGAGGCUCAGUGGCUGUAAACGGAGACUUGGCAUACGUUGCUCAACAGGCCUGGAUCCUCAACGAUUCCUUAAGAGAGAACAUCCUGUUUGGAAAAGAAUAUAUUGAGGAAAAGUACAAUGCUGUUCUGGAUGCAUGCUGUUUAGUUCCUGAUAUAGCUGAGCUACCAUAUGGCGACAUGACCGAGAUAGGGGAGAAAGGUGCCAAUCUCAGUGGCGGUCAACGGCAAAGAGUGAGUCUGGCCAGGGCGCUGUACAGCGAGAGAUCUAUUCUUCUCCUGGAUGACCCGCUAAGUGCCGUGGACACCCGCGUGGGCUCCCGGUUAUUUCACACCGCCAUCCGCGGCGCUUCUAGGGGGAGGACUGUCAUCUUUGUCACGCACCAAUUGCAGUAUUUGCUGGACUGUGACGAGGUGGUGCUGAUGAAGGACGGCCAGAUAGCGGAGCAUGGCACGCACGCCCAACUCAUGGAGAAAGAUCGAAACUACGGCAACCUGUUCAACAGCACACAGCAAGAGAACCUGGUGAGGAAGAACUUGAAAAACAAGGAGAUGGCAGAAGACACAAGCAGCUUGCCGUCGCCUUACACUAAUGUCACGGUCAAACCGUCUGCUGAGUGCAAAAAAGGAGCUCAGCUCAUGCAGGCAGAGGAGAAAGGAACGGGAGCCGUGGCCUGGGACGUGUACAGUGCUUACAUCAAGGCAGCCGGAGGGCCUCUGGCCUUCAUUCUAGCCAUCCUCCUCUUCCUCUUCACCACAGGCAGCAUCGCCUUCAGCAAUUGGUGGCUCAGUCACUGGAUCAGGCAGGGCAGUGGGAAUUCCUCGCGGUUACAGGGGAACGAGACCGCAGAGACCGACAGCAUGCGACUGAACCCGCACGUACAGUAUUACUCCAGAGUGUACGCUCUGUCCAUGGUGGGGGCGCUCUUCUUGAAGACCUUGCGAGGGCUGGUUUUCGUCAAGUGUACCAUUCGGGCAGCCUCGGUUCUGCAUGAUAAACUAUUUAAGUCCAUACUUCUGAGCCCCAUGCGCUUUUUUGACACGACACCCCUGGGACGCAUUCUCAACCGAUUCUCCAGAGACAUGGACGAGGUUGACGUGCGUCUGGCCAUGCAAGCCGAAAUGCUCCUCCAGAAUUUGACGUUGGUGCUGUUUUGUCUGGGUGUGGUGGGCACAGUGUUUCCAUGGUUCCUGUUCUCUAUCAUUCCCUUGGCGGCGUUCCUCUUCAUCAUCAACAGAAUCUCCAGGGUUCUGAUCCGUGAACUAAAGCGACUGGAAAAUAUCAGCCAAUCCCCUUUCACCUCUCAUAUCACCAGCAGUCUGCAGGGAUUGUCUACUGUCUAUGCUUACGGCAGGGGCACAGACUUCAUACAGAGGUAUCAAACCCUGCUUGACACAAACCAAGCAUGUCACUAUCUAUUCAGCUGUGGCAUGCGUUGGCUGGCUGUCCGUCUGGACCUUAUCAGCAUUUCUCUCAUCACAACCGUAGCCCUCCUCAUUGUCUUAAUGCACGGCCACAUUCCACCUGCAUACGCCGGCCUCGCCAUCUCUUACGCCGUACAGUUGACCGGCCUGUUUCAGUUCACCGUGAGACUCCUGCCUGAAACCGAAGCUCGUUUUACAUCAGUGGAGCGGAUCAAUCAUUACAUAAAGAAUCUAGAAGGAGAAGGUCCUCGCCAAGUUGCUGGUGCCUCGUCUGAGACAUCCCGUUGGCCACAGGAAGGACGAAUAACAUUCCAGAAUGUGGAAAUGAAGUAUCGGGAUGAUCUUCCUUUGGUUUUGAAGAAUCUCUCCUUUUGCAUUCACCCAGAGGAGACGGUGGGAAUAGUUGGCAGAACGGGGUCAGGGAAAUCUUCAUUGGGCGUUGCACUCUUCAGACUAGUGGAGCUUAGCGGUGGAUCAAUCAUCAUUGACGGUGUCAACAUCGCUCACAUUGGGCUGGAGGAUUUGAGAAGCAAGCUGUCAGUCAUCCCCCAAGAGCCAGUUCUUUUUAUUGGUACUGUCAGGUCAAAUCUGGAUCCCUGGGAUCAAUAUACAGAUGCACAGAUCUGGGAAGCACUAGAGAAAACACAUAUUAAGGAUAUGGUAAGCCAGUUGCCUAAUUCACUGCAUUCAGAGGUUACAGAUAAUGGAGAGAACUUCUCUGUGGGAGAGAGACAGCUACUGUGUGUGGCCAGAGCACUUCUCAGACACAGCAAGAUCUUGCUCUUAGAUGAGGCAACAGCUGCCAUUGACACAGAGACAGAUCGUCUCAUACAGGACACUAUUCGAACCGCAUUCAGUGGCUGCACUACUUUGAUCAUUGCCCAUCGUCUCAACACUGUGCUCAACUGUUCCAGGAUCAUGGUUCUGGAUCAGGGUCAGAUUUUGGAGUUUGACACCCCUUCAAAGUUGCUGGCCAAUGAGAACUCUCAUUUUCAUGCCAUGAUGGCGGCAGCUGAAGAAACCUCAGUCUCCCCAAAGAACUAGCAUGCACUGACACUAAUGGAGACAAGAUGAUCCUCUAACCUGCUGAGAAUAUAUCCAAGUUACAAAGUAAAGAUUGAAGCUGCUAACUGCACACUGAGAUGUUUGUUGUUUUUUAAUAUAUUGAUAAUGUUCGAGUUAACACAAAGAGUUUGAGUUUAUAUAUGGGAGGGGAGUCUUCCAGUGGGAACAUUCACAUUAAUGGCACUUUAUUUCCAUUCUGAACUGAAUGAAUCUUGCCUGUCACAGGAGUGUUGUGACUCCUGAUGUUUGUACUGAACCAGUGUUGAAGAGUGUAUUUCUCAUCUUCUACCUAUCUAUUUGGUAGAAGUAAAUUUUGCACACCGAUAUGCAAUUUGUUUGUUUUUUCUGGCUUUGUUAUGGCAUGUAAGAUAUGUGUUGACCAUAAGGUACGUUGCCUUAUAUGUAUCGAAAGUUCUCAAGACACCUAACCAAAGAUGAUAUAUAUUUAAAUUACAAUAUCAGUCAUUCCAGACACGUCAGCAAAAAAACUAAGUGUUUAUUAGUUUGUUUAUUUGUUUGUUGCUUUUAACAUUUACUGUAUACGUUUUGUGCCUCUUCUGUUAUAUGUUUGACAGAGUUUAGUACAUUUUUGUGCAAUUAGUGAAGAAAAUGUGCAAUGUGAAUUGUGAUAAUUCAAGAGUGCUAUUUUUACAAUCAAAGUUUAUAUUUUUUGUGUACUUUGACAUGUUUAACAGAUGUUUUCUUAAUGUUUAGAAUAAUUUUAUUCUGAAAAUGUAAAUGUGCUCAGCAGGCAAUAUUCUCUUAAGAUUCAUGAGAUCUAAAGAGACUUUAAGCUAUGUUUCUGUUAAGGUACCUGAGGUUUAGGUACCUGAAUUAUGCAAUAUUUUGGUUUUAUAAGCCUUUUGGGAAUUCAUAUAUUCUUUUGUACAUGCCAUACCCUUCAGUAUCUUUUCUGAUUAUUUAGAAAAUAUCAAGAUGAAGAUAAAUCAGUUUUCAAGAUUAGGUAUAAGUGUUGCCUUGUUAAUUAAUAUUAAGAGAUUAUUAUUCACAGUUGUUUCAUGAACACUUGUUUUGUGUUUUUUUAUAUAAAAAUCCUUUAUUGGUUAAAAUAAAGUAUAUUUAUGCUUA